CCUUCACUUGGAAACUGAGAUUUCAAAAGUUCAGCUCGACAAUAUUUUGAGCCAUGCAAAGGACAAUUAAAAAGCAGCGUUAGCACUCGCAAUUGAAUUCAAAGAUAAGGAGAUGGAAAGGAAAUGUUUUCCUGGUGUCGUACCGGUGCCUCAUCCCCCGGGCAAACCUCGAGCUCUAAGUCCCUGGUGCAAUCUCCCUCCAAUCAGAAAAUACAUUGUGAAUAAACAGAGGGGCUUCUAUUCGGAAGACAUCACUACGUUCAAGUUCCAGUCCUGUACAGCAGGACCUGAGAUCCAGCAGAGGUCCCGGGGUCAUUCCAUCUCUGAGUUCAUUGAUCUCAACACAACAAAAGCUACAACCUUCAAGACUCCAGAGGACCAGUGGAUCAUUGAAAGCCUAAAAAAUAAAUAUAGAUCUACCUCACACGAAUCACAAAAUUCUUACUUCUGCCGAGGUGGAAAUGCACCCAAGGUCCAGAUAGCCUACCAAACCCUUCCUGGCCAGAUCCCACGCAAGUUAGCGAUAGAGAGACGUCGAAGGGAAUAUUUUAAGUUAGACUUUGAACAGCUCCUGGCAGAAAAAGGCAUUGACUCCAAUCUCCUAAUUCCAAGACAUCGGAGCAAUAGUGAUGAGCAUGUGACUACAACAGACAAUCCUGUAUCACCCUACCUCCCCCUGGAGGUAUUUGACAAUGAGGAGUAUGACUGCCGGACCCCAGAUGACUGGCUUGCCCUGGGCAAUGCUGAACGAUCACUUGAUCAAAAACCUGUUCCUGCAAAAGCCCUGCUGCCUACAGAUGACCAGAUUGCCUCCGUGGACCCAAAAAGCUCCUCCCAUGGGUACAGCUGGCAUUUGGUUGGGGUUCUUGACUAUAGUAAGGAGAAAUGCCAGUACCUGGUACAGAAAGUUCUCCAAAACAGCAAAUUGACCGAUGAAGAAGGAAAUCAGACUCUAAAUAAGGAACACAAAAAGAGCAAAUCUCCUGAAGUAAACACUAUGAUAGCAGGCACUAAGUUCUGGGUUCCCAGGAUCAGAUUGAUGUUCAGUGCUGAGGACCCACAAGUCUUUGUGGAACGGAUCCAGUUUGCCCUGCGCUAUCGGGAGAACACAGAAGCCUUGCUUCUCUACCACUUAUCUGUGGACUGCAUGCCCUUCUGGAGUGGAACACCAUCUAUUGAUACCCACAGUCUCCAGCGUGUCAAAAGAUACGCGCUUUCAACACCUGGGCUCAGGCUGAAAAUUCUGGAGAAGUGUACAGAGGAUCUGGAGAAGGAGGUCAAACUGGACUAUGAGUUUACAAUGAACCGCAUCAUCUUUGACAAAGUAGUGAUGAGCCACCCAGAGGAGUUUUCCCACAUCACCCUGCCACAGAAGGAUCCUGAGUGUGUUCCGCAAAAAGGGCGUUAUCCAGUUCCUUGCUUUCCCUAUGAGGAGAACAAAGCUGCUUUUUUCGUCCGUUCCAUGCUAACAAAGCCAGAGGUGAUCUCUGCAUUAUAUGAUCUACGGUCUGAGUGCAACAAAGUAGCAACUAUGAGGCUGUUCAAUGUCACCUCAACCAAGCCACUACAACUGCACGAGUUUGAAGUCAUCCAAUCUCAAAUGCAUACUCAGAUAAGCUUGUUUCUGAGGAAGGAAUGGAUUUCCACGAUAAGCAACAGCAUCCAUUCCAACCUGGUUAAAUGUCGCAUCGGCACGUACAAUGUGAACGAGUCUCGCUGGGACAUAUACAAGUUGUCCAAGCUGUACAGAGUGAUGGCUGUGGUGCACUUACACAUGCGGGACUCCCUGCGCUUCCUCGUGCUGAAUUCGCUGGUCAGCUUGACUCAGCUGCUGUUAAACGCUUGCCACAGUGUGCUGACAUGUCCUCAGGGCCUGGCCUGGGGGAAGGACCUUAUCACUAGCCCCUACAAGCCAAAAAAGAACCCUCUGUUCCCGGUGGACUUGGUUCUGAAUCAGACUGGGGUGCAUUACAGCCUUCCACUGGAGGAUUUUGAGACAUCUAUAGUCAACCUGUUUGAUAAGGCCAUUCUGGCCACAUACAACGUACCACAGCCUGAUAAGUUUGUGAUGCAGAAGUUGUUCAUCAGUGGCAAUCCGGUGCUCAAUUCAGUGAAUCUUUUGGAUCCAGAUGUAGCUGAGCUGCGAGAGAAGGUCCGCAAUGCUUUGAUACAAGCAGCCAUACCUCUCAGGGCUUAUGCUGCUGAAUACGAGAAACACUUGGAGUUACACAACUUGGACAUAGAGACCCUGCUCAAAUCUCAUAUACAUGCAGAACAGACAUAUCAGGAGGUGAAGAAAGAGAUGGAACAAAAUCUCAAAGACAAGGAAAGGCUCGAGCGCUCUCUUCCAUCCUCUAUUGUCAUUGGUCCAUUCAUUGUCUCUGUAGAGGCUGUACGUCAGGUUCUCAUUAACAAAAAAAUGGCUUUAGCCAAUGCAAUGCUGGAUCACCUUACUCUGAAGCUACACAAAGAGAUUGAUAAUGCAUGUGAAGAGUGCAUCAGAAUGAGUGGAAAGCUAUGUGAAAGGGUCAACAGCAUUGAAGAACUGGCUGAAAAGGAGGAGUGGAUAAAGCAAAUCCCGGAACAGCUCAAGAGUUACAAGGAAGAUAUUGACAAGAUCCUGCCAGGCUAUGAGGUGACAGAAGGAGUUUGCCGCUGUCUUUCAACUGAGGAUUUUGAUAAAAAGUGGACAGCUAUUGGGUGGCCUCAAAGGAUAAUCAGCCAGAUGGAAGCAGUAGCCGUCCAGCAUGCUGAGGACAAGGAGCGCUUCCAUACGAUCCAUCUGGUUAAACAGGACGACUUUGAGAAACACCUAAACUCUCUAAUGAUGGUGGUUGCUGGGUUUGCAUGUCAUGCAGACAUGGCUCAUGCCCAUGACGUUGCCAACGAAAUAAAGCGUACAAGCAAGCAACUUGAGGAGUGUCAGACAAUGGCUCAAACCUACAACGCCAGAGAACGACUGUUUGAUAUUCCUCUCACUAAUUAUGAUCGGCUGCAGAAGCUUGUCAAGGACUUCCAGCCUUUUAAAGAUCUAUGGACCACCACCUCUGAUUGGCUUCGUUGGCAUAAGAGCUGGCUCAAUGACCCACUUAUUUCCAUCGACCCUGAGCAGCUUGAGCACACUGUUACAAAUGCCUACAAGACUAUGCACAAAUGUGUUGAACAGUUCAAGGACAGUCCCGCGUGCCAGAUGGCAUCUGUAAUCCACAGCAAGAUUGAGGACUUCCAUCCUUCCAUUCAUCUGAUUCAGGGCCUGAAUAACCCGGGGAUGAGAAGCCGACACUGGGAGAUGCUUUCAAAACGCAUUCAGAUGAAAGUUGUGCCCACAGCCAAGCUGAACUUAUCUCGCUGCCUGGAGCUUGGUCUACAGAACCAUUUGGAUGACAUAGCUCAUGUGUCUCAGGUGGCUGAGAAAGAGUACACCGUUGAAGAGGCCAUGGAAAAGAUGGAACAAGAGUGGUCGGCAGUAGUCUUUGAUGUAUUGCCCUACAAGGAGACAGGCACCUACAUAUUGAAGAGCCCAGAUGACGCAUUGCAGCUGCUGAAUGACCACAUUGUCAUGACGCAAAGCAUGUCUGUCUCUCCAUUCAGAACAAACAUUGAGGGCCGUAUAAACACCUGGGAGAGCAAGCUCAGGAUGACUCAAGAUGUGCUUCAGGAGUGGCUGACAUUCCAGCGUUCCUGGCUCUACUUGGAGCCCAUCUUCAGCUCUGAUGAUAUCAACCAGCAGCUGCCUGUGCAAGGAAAAAUAUUCCAGCUCAUGGAUAAAAUAUGGAGGGAAAUCAUAAAAAGCGCCUUUAAUAAUCAAAAGGUAAUUGAGCUGUGUCCAGAUGUUCAUCUACUAAACAAACUGAAAAGGUGCAACACACAUUUGGAAGUGCUGCAGAAGGGUCUCAGUGAAUACUUGGAGACAAAACGAGGAUCCUUCCUCAGGUUUUACUUCCUGUCAGAUGAUGAGCUCCUGGAGAUUCUGUCCCAGACCAAAGAUCCUACUGCUGUACAACGGCACUUACGCAAAUGCUUUGAGAACAUCGCAUGGCUUCAAUUCCAGCCAGAUCUACAGAUCACACAUAUGCACUCUGGAGAAGGGGAGGAGGUGAAGCUGUCACUGCCAGUGUGGCCUACUGGAAAUUUGGAGGACUGGCUCAGGGUGGUCGAGAAAUCUAUGAAGGCCACACUGAGGGAUAACAUUGACCGCUCACUCAAAGUCUAUCCGGAGCAACCUCGUGUAGAGUGGGUGUUAUCGUGGCCUGGUCAAGUGGUGAUAGCUGGCUGUCAGGUCUUCUGGACUGCUGAGGUGUCUGAGGCCUUGGAGCAGGGAGACUUGUCCAACCGCCUUUAUCCCCAACUACAGAAACAGCUGGGCGACUUGGUGCAGCUGGUGAGAGGACGUCUGUCUAAGAUGCAACGAGCUGUGCUGUCUGCCCUUAUCGUCAUAGAGGUCCAUGCUAAGGAUGUUGCGGCUAAACUGGUGGAGCAGGAAGUCUCAAGCAUCAAUGACUUUGAGUGGAUCAGCCAGCUCAGAUAUUACUGGGCAAAAGAUGACUUGUACAUCCGCGCAGUGAAUGCAGAGUUUUUGUAUGGAUACGAGUACCUUGGUAACUCUGGACGUCUGGUCAUCACCCCACUCACUGACAGAUGCUACCUGACCCUAACAGGAGCUCUACACCUGAAGUUUGGAGGAGCUCUUGCAGGUCCAGCAGGGACAGGAAAGACAGAAACCAUCAAAGAUCUGGGAAAGGCUCUGGCUAUCCACACAGUUGUUUUCAGCUGCUCUGAUCAGCUGGACUUCAUUGCAAUGGGCAAGUUUCUCAAAGGACUGGUCAGCUCUGGGGCCUGGGCAUGCUUUGAUGAGUUUAAUCGCAUUAAUGUGGAAGUGCUGUCUGUGGUGGCACAACAGAUCACCGCUAUACAAAUGGCCCAACAGCAAAGGGCAGAGAGGUUUGUGUUUGAGGGGACAGAGAUCCCUCUUGUCCCUUCUUGCGCUGUAUUCAUCACUAUGACUCCUGGUUAUGCUGGACGCACGGAACUGCCUGACAAUCUCAAGGCACUGUUUCGUCCUGUGGCCAUGAUGGUGCCUGACUAUGCUAUGAUAGCUGAGACCUCCUUGUACUCAUUUGGCUUCAUUGAUGCCAAAGUCCUCUCCAAGAAGAUCACCAGCACUUUUAAGCUCUCCUCUGAGCAGCUUAGCUCUCAGGAUCAUUAUGACUUUGGUUUGAGAGCUGUGAAGACUGUGAUCUCAGCUGCUGGAAACCUGAAAAGAGAAAAUCCCGACAUGAAUGAGGAGUUGAUCUGUCUUCGAGCCAUUCGAGAUGUGAAUGUGCCAAAGUUUUUACAGGACGACUUGAAGCUCUUCAACAGUAUUGUGUCCGAUCUUUUCCCUAAAACAAAACAGGAGCCAAUCAACUAUGGAACACUCGAAGAGUGCAUGCGCAAUGUCUGCACCAAGAAGAACCUCAAAGAUGCGGAUGGGUAUAUAAGUAAGUGUAUUCAGCUGUAUGAGACUACUGUGGUGAGACAUGGCCUGAUGUUGGUUGGACCCUCCGGAUCAGGCAAAACCAAGUGUUAUGAGAUACUAGGUGAGGCAAUAACAGCUCUGAAGGGCCAGCCCUCUGUGAGUGGGGGUGUGUAUGAGGCGGUUCAGAUGUGUGUCCUCAACCCCAAGUCUAUCACCAUGGGACAGCUCUACGGGGAGUAUGACCUGCUCACACAUGAGUGGACAGAUGGUAUCCUCUCAUCUGUUAUCCGUAGAGGUGCAGCAUCCAUGGACAAUGAGAAAAAGUGGUACAUGUUUGAUGGGCCAGUGGAUGCUGUAUGGAUUGAGAACAUGAACACUGUGCUGGAUGACAACAAAAAACUGUGCCUAAGCUCUGGGGAAAUAAUCAAGCUCACUGAUGCAAUGACCAUGAUGUUUGAGGUGCAAGACCUGGCGGUGGCAUCUCCAGCUACAGUGUCUCGCUGUGGUAUGGUCUACCUGGAGCCCAGUAUCCUGGGCCUCAUCCCUUAUACAGAGUGUUGGCUGAGGCGAGUCCCUAAAGCCCUGAAACCGUUCACAGAGCAGCUUGACUCCCUGUUUGCCAGGUUCCUACAGGACUCCGUCACAUUUGUCCGCACAUCAGUAAAGGAGGUCAUCCCCUCUCUGGACAGCAACCUAACCUGCAGUCUGCUUAAACUUAUGGACUGCUUCUUCAAUCCUUACGCCAUUAGAGAGGAUGAGAGGCCACAGCCCCAAAAGAAAUUGGACCGUCUGCAGGAGCUGAUUGAGCCCUGGUUCUUUUUCUCUCUGGUGUGGAGUGUGGGAGCCACAGGAGACGCAGCCAGCUGUAAGCGCUUCAGUGCCUGGCUCAAGAACAAGAUGGCAGAGGAAAAGAUUCAGUUAUACUUUCCAGAGGAGGGACUGGUGUACGACUACAGACUGGAUGAUGCAGGGAUUAGUAACUUUGAGGAUGAUAAAGAAGACGAGGAAAGAAAAGUCCAGUGGGUCAGCUGGAUGAAAUACGCAAAGAGUGUUGUGAUCACCCCAGAGACAAAUUAUGCUGACAUCAUCGUUCCCACUGCUGACACAGUGAGAAUGUCUUUCCUCAUGGAUAUGCUUUUGACCAAUAAGAAACCAGUGCUCUGUAUUGGGCCAACUGGCACAGGAAAGACUCUGACCAUGUCAGACAAGCUGCUGAAGAACAUGCCUGCUGAAUACAUCACACACUUCCUCAUGUUCUCUGCCCGCACCUCAGCCAACCAGACUCAAGAUUAUAUUGACAGUAAGCUAGACAAAAGGCGGAAAGGUGUGUUUGGACCUCCAAUAGGGAAGCACAUCGUCUUCUUCAUUGAUGACCUAAACAUGCCCAUGUUGGAGACCUAUGGCGCUCAGCCUCCUAUUGAACUGCUGAGGCAGUGGAUGGACCAUGGUGGCUGGUAUGACAGGAAACAGAUAGGGACAUUCAAGCACUUAGUGGACAUCAAUUUUGCCUGUGCCAUAGGACCCCCAGGUGGAGGCCAGAGCCCCAUCACCCAGCGCUUCACACGCCACUUCAACUUCCUGUCCUUCACUGAAAUGGAAGAUGCCAGCAAGAAAAAGAUUUUCUCCACCAUUCUGGGCAGUUGGAUGGGACCUGUGCCAGUAAUCCAGCCGCUGAAUGAGCCUCUUGUAGACGCUACUAUCAGAGUCUACUCCACCAUUGCCUCCCAGCUCCUCCCAACUCCAGCCAAGUCCCAUUACAACUUUAACCUCAGAGACCUGUCCAAAGUCUUCCAGGGCAUCCUGAUGGCUGAGGCUGUAAUGAUAGAGGACAAAUUGCAGCUGCUGCAGCUGUGGUACCACGAAAGCUGUCGGGUUUUCCGAGAUCGCCUGGCGUGUGUUGAGGACAGGGACUGGUUCAACAGGAUCCUAAAGGACUGCAUUCAGGAGUUUGACUGCAGCUUUGAAGUGGCUGUAACCUGCCAACCUGUUUUGUAUGGAGAUUUCAUGAAUCCUGGAGAUGAUCGCAAGGUCUACACACUCAUAGAAGACAAGGAAAAGUUGGUGAAAGUGAUGAAUGAGUACAUGGAAGACUACAACCAGAUCAGUACCACCAAGAUGAAGCUGGUGCUCUUCGUGGAUGCCAUUGAACAUGUGUGCCGCAUUAGCCGCAUCCUACGCCAGCCUCUGGGCAAUGCCCUAUUGCUUGGAGUGGUUGGGAGCGGGCGUCAGUCACUCACCAGGCUGGCCUCAUAUAUGUCACAAUAUGAGUGUUUCCAGAUUGAGCUGUCAAAGAACUACGGUCAGACAGAGUGGAGAGAAGAUAUUAAAAGCAUCACGCUGAAGGCCGGCCUUGAGAACCAGCAGAUCACCUUCCUCUUUGUGGACACACAGAUUAAGAAUGAGUCCUUCAUGGAGGAUAUCAACAACAUUUUGAACUCUGGGGAUGUUCCCAACCUGUAUACAACAGACGAGCAGGAGCGCAUCCUGACAGCCAUGAAGCCCGUGGUGCAAGACCUGGGCCAACAGCCAACUAAAGCCAACCUCAUGGCUGCCUACAUCAGGAGGGUCCGCAGCAACAUACACACUGUACUCUGCAUGAGUCCUAUUGGUGAGGUGUUUCGUGCACGACUGAGGCAGUUUCCCUCACUGGUGACGUGUUGCACCAUAGACUGGUUCAGUGCCUGGCCAGAGGAGGCUCUGCAUGCUGUGGCCACAUCCUUUCUUAAUAAGCUGCCUGAGCUAGAAGCCAGCCCCACAGCCAUGAAGGCACUGACAUUGAUGUGUGUAAAGAUCCACCAGAUGGUAGCCAGGAAGUGUGAACAUUACCUGGCUGAGCUUUCUCGACACAACUGUGUCACUCCCAAAAGCUACCUGGAACUGCUCAAAAUCUUCUCAAUUCUCAUUGGACGCAAGAAGCAAGAACUGAGCGGUGCGCGACAGCGCAUGAAGACUGGCCUGGACAAGUUUCUUAGCACAACGGAGGAUGUGAGUAAGAUGCAGGAGGAGCUGGAGACGAUGAGGCAUCUUUUGGAGGGCCGCAUCCCACCUUUGCAAGCCAAGUACGAGGACUAUGUGGCUAUGAAAGAUGAACGGGACAAGUAUCAACUGUGUGAGGCCCGCCUCGUUCGAGCAGACAAGCUUAUUGGUGGACUGGCAGAUGAGAAAGUGCAUUGGAAGGAAACAGUGCAACAUCUGGAUGACAUGGUCAAUAAUGUGGCAGGCGAUGUGCUCCUAUCUGCAGGAUACGUAGCAUACCUGGGGCCCUUCACUGGAGAGUACAGGGCGGCCAUGUCAGAGGAGUGGCUGCAUUGUUUCAAAGAGCUAAGUGUUCCACACACUGACGAACCCAACAUGAUCAACACCAUAGGAGAUCCAGUCAAGAUCCGCUCCUGGCAGAUAUCAGGUCUGCCCAAGGAUAAGCUAUCAGUGGAGAGUGGUGUGAUUGCCCAGUACUCUCUGCGCUGGCCUUUAUUCAUUGAUCCUCAGGGACAAGCCAACACAUGGAUCAAAAAUAUGGAGCAGGACAAUGGAUUGGAGGUUAUGAAGCUAAGUGACCGGGACUUCCUGCGCAGUCUUGAGAACGCCAUUAGAUUUGGUAAACCCUGCCUCUUGGAGAAUAUAGGAGAGGAGAUAGAUCCUGCUCUAGAACGUGUCUUGUUGAAACAGACAUUUAAGCUGCAAGGUAGCACAAUGCUGAAGCUCGGGGAUUCAGUCAUCUUUUACCAUGAAGACUUCAAGAUGUACAUCACCACUAAGCUGCCUAACCCGCACUACUCUCCAGAGGUCUCCACCAAAGUCACCCUCAUUAACUUCACCCUGUCAUCCAGUGGUCUCGAGGACCAGUUGCUGGACCAGGUGGUGGCUGAGGAGCGUCCAGACCUGGAGGAGGCUAAGAACCGGCUGAUAAUCAGUAACGCGAAGAUGAAGCAGGAGCUAAAAGAAAUUGAAGAUGAGAUCCUGUUCCGACUCAGCUCCACAGAGGGAAACCCUGUGGACAAUGAGGAGCUCAUCCAAGUGUUGGGGGCUUCCAAGAUCAAAGCUGGAGAGAUCAAGGCCAAAGUGAUGGUGGCGGAGAAGACAGAGCAGGACAUUGACGCCACCCGUCUGGAGUAUGUGCCGGUGGCUGUGCGUGCUCGGAUCCUCUUCUUCUGUGUAUCGAACCUGGCCAAUGUUGACCCCAUGUACCAGUACUCACUGGAGUGGUUCCUUGGCAUCUUCAUGGCUGACAUUGUCAAUUCUAAGAGAGCAGACACAGUGGAGAAGAGAAUCGCCAACAUCAAUGAAUGUUUCACCUUCAGCCUGUACAGCAAUGUAUGCCGCAGCUUGUUUGAGAGGCACAAACUCAUGUUCGCCUUUCUCCUCUGUGCUCGCAUCAUGAUGAAUGAGAACAAAAUUGAUAUGACUGACUGGCACUACCUGCUUUCUGGAGGGAUGCCCGUCCAAGAGCUGACCAACCCGGCAGUGAGUUGGCUGUCGGAGCGCGCCUGGCAGGACAUCCUGGGCCUUGGCGCUCUGAAAAACUUCAGCAACCUGGCAGAGAGCUUCAGCGAAUAUCUGCAGGGUUUCAAGAUCAUUUUUGACAGCAAACAGCCUCACAGGGAGCCUCUCCCUGGAGAGUGGGAGACAAAGCUGGACUCAUUCCAGAAGCUGUUGGUCCUGCGCUGUCUGAGGGCUGACUGUCUUGUUCAAGGCCUGCAGGACUUUGUCUCAGCUCAGCUGGGACAACGCUUCAAUGAGCCUCAGACGUCAGACCUGUCCGUGGUAUUCAAGGCGUCGUCCCCCUCCACUCCCCUCAUCUUUGCCCUGUCCCCUGGGACUGACCCUGCUGCUGACCUCUACAAGUUUGCUGAUGUCAUGCGGUUCUCCAAGAAAAUGAGUGCCAUGUCUCUGGGCCAGGGCCAGGGCCCCCGGGCUGAGUUCCUGAUGCACUCUGCCAUGGAGAGCGGUCAGUGGGUCUUUUUCCAGAACUGUCACCUGGCGCCCAGCUGGAUGCCCUCCCUGGAGAGAAUCAUUGAAAACAUCAACCCAGAAAAGGUGCACAAGGACUUCCGUCUGUGGCUCACAAGUCUUCCCAGCAACAAGUUCCCGGUGUCCAUUCUCCAAAAUGGGUCAAAGAUGACCAUUGAGCCUCCCAGGGGAAUCAAGGCCAAUCUUCAGAAAACUUACCGAAGGCUCACCAAUGAUUUUAUCUCCUCUUCUACCAAGACCGCACACCUCAAGUCUCUGCUCCUGUCUCUGUGUCUCUUCCAUGGAAUUGCUCUGGAGCGAAGGAAGUUUGGCCCACUGGGCUUUAACAUUCCCUAUGACUUCACAGACGGAGACCUGAACAUCUGCAUCAGCCAACUCAAAAUGUUCCUGGAUGAGUACCAGGACGUCCCAUACAAGGUGCUAAAAUAUACUGCAGGGGAGAUUAAUUAUGGCGGCCGCGUCACAGAUGACUGGGAUAGACGAUGUCUGCUCACUGUGCUGGAAGAUUUCUACUGUCCCACUGUGCUUAAUGAUGAUCAUGUCUACUCUUCAUCUGGAGUCUACCGGCAGAUAGACACGAAUCUGGAUAUCAAUGGUUACUUGGCAUACAUUCGUGGUUUGCCCGUCAACGAUACACCUGAGAUCUUUGGUCUCCAUGACAACGGCAACAUCAGCUCUGCCCAGAAGGAGACUUUCGCUCUGCUGGGAGCCGUCGUCCGUCUCCAACCCCGAGCUGCAUCUGCUGGGGGCAAAACACUGGAGGAGAGAGUGGAGGAGAUAGUGGCCGGCAUCGUGGAAAAGAUUCCUCAGCCUUUCAGUGUUCAGGAGGUGAUGGAAAAGUACCCGGUCCUCUAUGAAGAGUCCAUGAACACAGUGCUCAUCCAGGAGGUCAUCAGAUAUAAUACACUGCUGGCAGUCAUCUCUCAGAGUCUCAGUGAUAUUGUGAAGGCUCUGAAGGGUUUAGUGGUGAUGUCAUCAGAACUGGAGCUCAUGGCCAACAGCCUGUUCAACAAUGUGGUGCCCGAUAUGUGGAAAGCCAAGGCAUACCCGUCUCUAAAGCCCCUGGCCUCCUGGGUGUCAGACCUGCUUCAGAGGAUCAAUUACCUGCAGAGAUGGAUCAAUAAUGGCAUUCCAGCUGUUUUCUGGAUUAGCGGCUUCUUUUCCCCACAGGCUUUUCUCACAGGAACCCUGCAGAAUUACGCCCGUCGCUCCGGCACCUCCAUCGACACAAUUGGAUUUGACUUUGAGGUAAUAGUGAAGUCAGCGUCAGAGAUAACGGAGAAACCAAACGCAGGGUGCUACAUCCAAGGUCUAUUCCUGGAAGGGGCUCGCUGGGAUUACGAAGCAGGUCAACUCAGCGAGUCCAGGCCCAAGGAGCUCUACACAGAAAUGCCCGUCAUCUGGCUGAUCCCCAAACCCAAUCGCAAACCUCCAACCUCUGGGGUCUAUGUCUGCCCCGUCUACAAGACCCUCACACGUGCUGGGACUUUAUCUUCAACCGGUCAUUCCACCAACUAUGUGAUGGCUGUGGAACUGCCUACAGAUAUCAGCCAGAGGCACUGGAUCAAACGGGGAGUAGCCCUCAUCUGCGCACUGGACUACUAAAUUCUGACAAACACAAGAAAAAAAACAAAGCAUCUGUUGUAUCCACACUGUGUAAUAAACUGUUUUUCAUAAUGCCUUA